AUUCUCUUUUGCUAAUAUGAAAGGAGUCUGGGACGAGGUGAGAGCAUUAUGCUUCACUCAGAAAUUGGUUGUCCCUCUCUGAUAAGUUUCAGGAAGAUUUCUGGAUCAAUAUACCAACAUGAUUGGACCAGUUCACAUCCUCUUAGCGCGUACAUUUGACCCCCUUCAUGUUUGGACGAACUCGGUUUGCGCGACUCUUUCAUGUCAAUCAAAACCCAGAUUACCGAGUCGCUUAUUGGGAUGGAUACAAAUUUAGCCAGCCACGCUCGAUCGUCCAAAGAAUCAUCUCGUGUAUUAGCUCAAUUUUUUGCUUUUCAUUGUUUUUAAUCUGGUGUAAGCGUUAUCGGAGAACUAGAGCACAUUUCGACAACAACGAUAUUUUUUGAAAGAAAAGGCGAAGUUGUAGAAUUUCUUAAUUUCCUGUGCCUGAUGCUGAUAGCUACAGUUGAAAAUUCGAUUGAUCAUGACCAGUCGGAGCCGAUCCUCAGGUCAAGAAUAUAGCGAAAACCUCGUAAACACGGGAUUCGAAAUUGACGUUUUGUUCGUCAACUCAAAUCAAUGUCUGCAGGAGUACACUUUUAUCGACCACGAAGCAGCAUCAAUCCGAGAUAGCGAAGAUUGCAUUCCAACCAGCGAUUUUUCCUGUAGGGUCAACACGAAUUCUGCGCGAGCUAACAUGAACGCUUUGUACACGAAAUAAGUGUUGCCAAUCAGCAGACCAUACAUAUAUUGCCACAUAAUCUCAGAUGCCGUUAAUAAGCACUCGAUAACGCAAAAACAUCAAUCGGUGAUGUAUGAUCUCAACUGUCUUUAACCUCAAAUGCUUUCGCACUUUUGAUCAUAACGGAAUGUCGAGAAUUUAUGUAGCAGUAGUAUUGCCCCAGAGAUUUUAGGAAAAUCUUUCGCGUUUGCUGAGAUAGUCUUUAAGUCGAUGUCCAUAGCUCCAACACCACCAUGAGCCCAAGAAAUACACCCUUUCUAAGCGAAAGUCAGACCCGAAAAGGUUCAGCUUGCUCAACUGCUGUUAAUGAAAAAAUCUGAUGAAAAGUCGAUAUCGCUUAAGCAAAAACAUUCACCGAUCAUACAAGGCGAAUUGUGAUAAAAUUCUGAUUCAGUGAUAGACGUCGCGCCGGUCGCAGUACGUUACUGAGAAUUGGCUGAAGUCCCAUCAAUGAGAAAGCAAGGCUCACCAUUACACAUGUACACCCACAGCCAGCGUGAGUGGCACCACCAGAAUACAAUAUGACAAUCCUUUUCCACCCUCAUGGAAUAUAGAAAUAGAAGUGGAUUUGACGACAACUGCACAUAUUAUCCACAUCAAGAGGCCAAGGGAUCAGGAGUCUUAAUCUCUUCCAUUACAAAAUGGUAACGAGAAACCACUCAAUGUAUGUGGCCCAACCCCAAGUUUGUGGUACAAACGAUUGUCUUUUUUUAAAUGCCAGUUCACGCCUGUAGUCAAAUUUGAGAGAGCGAUCUGUCCAGCAAUUUUCACGACAUAAGCUGAAAACGAUAUAACAGCGAGUAAUUUGAGUUCAAGUACCCUUUACCAGAAGAGAAGAAAAUCCAGUCUCACAUGACGCUACAUACUUUUAUGCAACUUCUCUCCACAAGCAGACAUUUGAUGCUAGAGCUGAACCCCCUUGUUAGAUAGUCAUUGACAAAUGUCAUCCCAAAUAUAUUUCAUGAGCAAAAAUUUGCGGCACGGAAUGAAUAAUUGACGCGGAUAAAAAUCCUUGUUGUAGCAGCAAAAUUAUACAUACCUGAUGAUGUACGCAAUAAAAUAUGUGUGUAAUGACACCUGUUUUUUUAAGGAAUACAUCAGAAUAAUAAAAAUGAUUCUAAAGAUCAUGUACGUCUCUGCGCAACAUAAACAACCUCAUACAUUCUGCUUUUUAAAAAAUCGAGAAGAUUGAAUAGCUGAAGAAAAAUAAACAGACAGCAAGGAGUAGGCUUUGCUAGAUCGCGCCUAAUAAGUCAUUGUCGCAAGGUGCUGAGGCCAUUUACGGCUGAAAUGGGUAAGCUGGCAGACAUUGGCCUUGUGCUGCUCGCUCGCGAUGUAACCAACGAUAUGGAGAAUAGCGAGAUAUAUA